GUGGUUUUCCUGAAAAUUACAAUUAAUACUCUGGCUUUCCAGGCGAUUGCUAUUUAGUUUCAGAACACACAUUUUAUACACAUUGAAAAAAAAGUCAUUAAGGACAACUUCUUGCAGAUUCAUGGAAAGUAUAUUUAAGAGCCUUCAAGGCUGUUAUGAAACGUUCAUCAACACUUUUUUCUCUUCUGAAAAGGAAGAGCAUUACACUCCAACUGACGACAUUUUUCAUAAGCAAAAAAUUGUUAGAUAUGGCACUGAUGUGAGGAACAUACAACUACCCCUGGAACAGAGAGCUCAAGCUGCAAAAAAUAUUGGACUGCUAGCAUACACAGGUGGGACAAAUGCUGGAAUGCAUGCAUCAGAAUACAUUCAGGAUCUCAUUGCUAUCUUGCAGAUGCCAAAUACUUCAGCAAAAGUGAGGAUCCUGGUGCUCCAAGGACUGUGUGGUAUUUGCUAUAUAAAUUACAGUAACCAAAACAAAGUAAAAGAACUGAAUAUUGCUCAUGUUCUUAUUGCAUUUCUCACUGAAGAGGAAGAUUCAUCCCCAGCUAACAACAGUUUUACCGUGGCUAAAUUCUGGGUUUGUUACCUUCUGACUGUCAUUUGUUGCAACAAUAUCCCUUACAUUAAACUACUCUAUGAAUUGGGAGGUCAAAGGCUGGAAACAAAGCUGAAAUUCCUGUCUAGCAUAGAAUGGUCUGGCUGGCCAGAUAAUUAUGCAGAAGUACUCUUUGCCCUUUUGGGGUUUCACCACGUUCAACGUAGUUUUGAUAGUUAAAAUGUAAUAAUCCUCUCAAGAAUUGUUAUAAUCUGUAAACUAUUUACGUGACAUAAUAAAGAAA